AUGGUUUCUGGGACGGAUCUUACUAAAACAUCUGAACGUGCAACAAGUACAUUUGAAAGUUCUACUUCAACUGAUUUGCCUACAGGUACUUUCUCAACAGAAGAAACGGCCACUGAAGGAACUGAUUAUACCUUGGUUUCUGGGACUGAUCUUACUAAAACAUCUGAACGUGCAACAACUACAUUUGAAAGUUCUACUUCAACUGAUUUGCCUACAGGUACUUUCUCAACAGAAGAAACGGCCACUGAAGGAACUGAUUAUACCAUGGUUUCUGGGACGGAUCUUACUAAAACAUCUGAACGUGCAACAAGUACAUUUGAAAGUUCUACUUCAACUGAUUUGCCUACAGGUACUUUCUCAACAGAAACAUUUGAAACAACAGAUCAAACUGAAUCUACUCAGAACAUUAUUACAACAGAAGAAACGGCCAUUGAAGGAACUGAGUUUACCUUGGUUUCUGGGACUGAUCUAACUAAAACAUCUGAACGUACAAGCACUACAUUUGAAAGUUCUACUUCAACUGAUAUGCCUACAGGUACUUUCUCAACAGGAUUUAUAACAGAAACGACAACAUCUGAUGUUGCGUCAUCAACGAUACCACCAAUUUCUACCCAAGAAACAUUUGAUACAACAGCUCAAACUAAAUCUACUCAGAACAUUAUUACAACAGAAGAAACAGUCACUGAAGGAACUGAUUAUACCUUGGUUUCUGGGACUGAACUAACUAAAACAUCUGAACGUACAAGCACUACAUUUGAAAGUUCUACUUCAACUGAUUUGCCUACAGGUACUUUCUCAACAGAAACAUUUGAAACAACAGCUCAAACUGAAUCUACUCAGAACAUUAUUACAACAGAAGAAACGGCCAUUGAAGGAACUGAGUUUACCUUGGUUUCUGGGACUGAUCUAACUAAAACAUCUGAACAUGCAACAACUACAUUUGAAAGUUCUACUUCAACUGAUAUGCCUACAGGUACUUUCUCAACAGAAGAAACGGCCACUGAAGGAACUGAUUAUACCUUGGUUUCUGGGACUGAUCUAACUAAAACAUCUGAAGGUGCAACAACUACAUUUGAAAGUUCUACUUCAACUGAUUUGCCUACAGGUACUUUCUCAACAGAAGAAACGGUCACUGAAGGAACUGAUUAUACCUUGGUUUCUGGGACUGAACUAACUAAAACAUCUGAACGUGCAACAACUACAUUUGAAAGUUCCACUUCAACUGAUUUGCCUACAGGUACUUUCUCAACAG